GGGAGGGGGAAAUCGCCAAGUCGCGUCGGGACUUGCCAGUGGGAGAACGGCCGCUCACUCCUUGAGGCAGGCGUACGCGAUGCCGGCGCCGAUCACGGCAGCGAGAGUGUGGAGAGCGGCCUGUAAGCACUCGCAAGCAAGCACAUCAGAAGCGCAUGAGUGGAUAGUUACUCGCAACAACUUGCCACUCCUGCCAUAAAACCGCAGCGCAUGUGGCUCGCGCUCCUGCAGGCCGGCCUGCUCGCGAGCUAUGGCUCAGCGGCCGCGGCGCUGUUCCUCGUGGCAUGCGUCGAGCCGGAGGGCGACGGGCGCCUCGCGGAGAUCGCGAACUGGCUCUUCGACGCGCCGGAGCGGCUCCUGCGGGCCUGCGUCGGCGCGCGCCGGGGCGCGCGCUGCGCCGCGUACCUGUGCGACGAGCCGAACCCCGUGCUGCAGCUCCUGUACCUGCUCCUGGUCGGCGGCGGCUACGGCCUCGCGGUCGCCGACAUGUACCCGCGCGUGCCCUGCGCCGCGCUCGGGCCGCACCACCGGCCGGCCGCGCUGGCGCUCGUGCUGUUCUGCCUGGGGACCUGGGCCAAGGCGUGCACCGCGCCGCCGGGCUACGUCGUCGACGCCGCGACGUUCGCGAAGCACGACAACUACGCGUACGACGGCUGCCUCUACGAGGCGGGCGGGACGUGCCCGACGACCGGCGUCCCCAAGCCGGCGCGCGCCAAGUUCUGCCGCACGACGCGGCGCGUCGUCGCGCGCUUCGACCACUUCUGCCCCUGGGUGAACAACGCGGUGGGCGAGGAGAACUACCGGUGGUUCCUGCUGUUCCUCGCGAGCCACGCGCUGCUCCUGGCCUACGGCGCGGCCUGCGCCGCCCUGCUCCUGCGGGACGUCGUCGACGCGAAGCAGCUGAUGCGCGCGACGUUCUACCUCGGCGACGCGCCCGUCGCCGCGACGCGCGGCGUCGUCGUCCACUACCUGCUCCACACGGAGCGCCUGCUGUGCGCGCUGCUCCUGGCGUGCGCGGUCCUCGGCGCCGUCGUCGCGGGCUUCCUCGGCUACCACCUCCGGCUGGUCUGGCGCGGCCGCACGACGAACGAGCACUACAAGUGGCGCCGGCGGGCCCGGGGCGGCGCGGCGCCGGCCGCGAACGUCUACGACCUCGGCGCCCUCCGCAACGCGCACGAGGUCCUCUUCCCGCGAUCCCGGCGGCGCGACGCGCUCGCGCGGUACCAGGCGAAGCGCGAGAAGGGGGACUAGGCCUAAGCCGGCGACGCCU